GUUUUCAUGCUUACAUAUGCAGUCACAUGUUUAAUUGCGGUUUUUAAUUUUUUUUUUGGCUAUUCAAAAAAUAGAAAUAAGAUAAGUUUAGUAAAUUAUGAAAGCUACUCAUCGUUUGUUGCGAAAUACAACACGAUCAUUAAUAAAUGUUUGGUCACAAAAUGUUUCGACGACAUUUGAACAGGCAAAUUUAGCCAUCAACGAAAAUGAUCGUGAUAAAUCGAAAUCAUCCUCAUUACAUGCACUUUAUCUUGAUGCUCAGGCUACCACUCCGAUUGAUCCAAGAGUUUUGGAUGCAAUGUUACCUUAUAUGAUAAAUCAAUAUGGAAAUCCACAUUCACGAACACACGUUUAUGGUUGGGAAAGUGAAAAUGCGGUUGAAAAUGCUCGCGAACAAGUUGCCACUUUGAUAGGAGCUGAUCCAAAAGAAAUUAUAUUUACAAGCGGAGCAACAGAAGCCAACAACAUCGCUAUCAAAGGUGUGGCAAAUUUUUAUAAAAACAAAAAGAAUCAUGUGAUCACCACUCAAACCGAACAUAAAUGUGUCCUUAGUUCUUGCCGUUAUCUCGAGAAUGAAGGAUUUCGAGUCACAUAUUUGCCUGUCAAAUCAAAUGGAAUAAUCGAUCUGGAACAAUUACAAGAUUCCAUCACUGAUAAAACAAGUUUAGUGUCUGUGAUGACUGUUAAUAAUGAAAUAGGUGUCAAACAACCAAUCAAAGAAAUAGGUCGAAUAUGUAGAGAGCGUGGAGUUUUUUUUCAUACAGAUGCGGCUCAAGCAGUGGGAAAAAUACCUAUCAGUAUCAAAGAUAUUGAAGUUGAUUUGAUUUCAAUAAGUGGUCAUAAAAUUUAUGGACCAAAAGGAAUUGGUGCAUUAUAUGUUCGUCGUAAACCUAGAGUUAGAAUCGAACCGAUUCAAAGUGGUGGUGGUCAAGAACGAGGAAUUCGCAGUGGAACCGUACCCACACAACUAGUCGUCGGAUUGGGUGCUGCUUGUCAAGUGUCGUCGAAAGAAAUGGAUAAUGAUCGUAAAUGGAUAGAUAAAUUAUCGGAAAAAUUAAUCACUGGUAUCACCUCUGAAGUUACUCAUGUUAUUCGUAAUGGUGAUCCUGAAAUGACCUAUCCUGGAUGUGUAAAUCUUUCAUUUGCCUAUGUUGAAGGUGAAAGUCUUUUGAUGGCUUUAAAAGAUGUAGCUUUAUCUUCGGGAAGUGCCUGUACAUCGGCAUCAUUAGAACCAUCAUAUGUUUUAAGAGCAAUCGGUGCCGAUGAUGAUCUGGCACAUUCAUCAAUACGUUUUGGUUUAGGUCGUUUUACAACUGAACAAGAAGUGCAAUAUACUAUUGAUAAAUGUGUAUAUCAUGUACAACGAUUAAGAGAAAUGAGUCCAUUAUGGGAAAUGAUACAAGAAGGUAUCGAUAUUAAAACAAUAAAAUGGUCGCAACAUUAAAA